UGCUGUGACUUUAAACAUGUUAUUAACUGAAGCACACAGUGACGAUGUGCAGCGCGACGCAAAGCUAAUGACGCCAUUACACUACGGUGAGUGGGCGGAGCUGCUAUUCUGCUGGGUCUGUGCUACUCUGUGGGCCUGCGCUUCAACUAGACCGCCUAGAUACUGCCUACUAUCCUGGCCGCCAUUUUGGGCCUGUUCCAAAUCGCAAAUAUCCAGCGUGUGGAAUAGCGGCUGUGUCCAGACUUUCGUCCUCACGGUUUCAUUAACAGACUAAAAUGUUUCUUCAGACUACUCUUGUUUACACAAUGUCACGUAAAUAUCCGUAGCUGAGUGGGCGGGGUGAGCUGUAAGACGACUGAUGACACGAUGUGGCGACGUGCGCUCUGAUUGUGCUGGAUGUUUUGCAGACAUGGCGCCGGUUCAGGAGUGUUUCAUUUCCGCUCCGGGGAAAUCCAUCCUGCACGGAGAGCAUGCUGUAGUGCACGGGAAGCUUGCGUUGGCCGUGAGCUUGAACCUGCGCACGUAUCUGCGGCUGGAGGUCACGUCUGCAGCUGAAGUGUCCAUCAGUCUUCCCAACAUCGACACCUUCAUGUGCUGGAACGUCCAUGUGCUGAAACCGCUGCUGUCUCACCGUGAAGGUGAGUGUAGGAGCUCUACAGAUCUGGACACUGAGCUGGUGAAGAAGCUGAGGGAGUUUACAGCCAUCGCUGAUGGAUCCACAGACACCAGGAGCAUGGCGGUGCUGGCGUUCCUCUACACCUACCUGUGUGUGUUCGCCGACUCCGAAGUCUUGCCCAGUCUGAAGGUGUGUGUGUGGUCUGAGCUGCCUACAGGAGCAGGUUUGGGCUCCAGCGCUGCGUAUAGUGUGUGUGUCUCUGCUGCUCUGCUCACUGCCAGAGGAACCAUCAGUUCUCCUCUCACUCAGAGCCAGCAGACAGCCAGGUGGAGUGAACAGGAGCUGGAGCUGAUCAAUAACUGGGCCUUUCAGGGUGAAAAGAUCAUACAUGGCAACCCAUCAGGAGUCGACAACGCUGUGGGAACGUGGGGGGGCUUUCUGCGGUACCACGCUGGGAAAAUUUCUCCACUGAGCAGGGUGCCCACACUGAGGAUCCUCCUCACCAACACUAAAGUACCGCGCAGCACCAAACUCCUUGUUUCCCGAGUGAAGGACAGAAUUAACCAGUACCCGUCUGUGAUGACGCCCGUGCUGGAGUCAGUGGACGCCGUGUCCCAAAUCUGUGAGCGCACACUUGCUGAGAUGGCUACAGAGGGAGCUUCAGCCGAACACUACAGCACGCUGGAGGAUUUAAUAGACAUCAACCAGCACCACCUGAACGUGAUGGGCGUCGGUCACACGUCUCUGAACACACUGUGCCACGUCACACUCGCCCACGGCCUUCACAGUAAACUGACCGGAGCGGGGGGAGGAGGCUGCGCCAUCACACUCCUCACACCAGACACAGACGAGUCCGUGGUGCGAGACGUGAUGGAGGAGCUGAAGCAGGUCGGGUUUGACUGCCGGGAGACGAGUAUCGGAGCGCCGGGUGUCCUGAUGCACUCGCCCACCUCACUGACACACAGCGUCCUCGAAAUCCUCACCAAAUACUGAAGACCUGCUGAACACACACACACUACAGAGGAACAUUACAGCUUCACCAACAGUGUUAUAUACAGUAUGCUAUCUGUGAUUACAGUAUUGAUGAACAGAAUGGACACAAAUUUCAACAUUAUAUGUAAGACUCCUGAAUGACAUCUUCCAGUUUUCGCUUGCUAGCUUUGUUUAAGCAAAAAAACAUCAAAGCUAGCGGGAUAUCUAAUGCACUGUGGGAUCUCUUACUUAUUUAAACUAACCUUAUAUUUCAAAAUAAAUCAGAUGUUUGGAUUA